AUUAGGAUUAUUAACUGAAGAAUUGGGCAGGGUUUUGGCGGAGGGGCAGAGGCAGAACGGCAAAAUCCCUAAAACCCUAAAACACCAAAUUGAAGGAUCAAAUUUCAAGAAUGGCAUUGGCUCGUAGGUUUUCGCGCGUUUUGGGAUGUUCUUCUCCGUCUUUUCAAUCGCAGUUCGCUUCCAUUAGUAGUCAGAGCUCCACUCUCACGUCUCCAAGGCUUUUCAUCAGUGGUCUUUCGAGAUUAACGACAGACGAGAAGCUUACAGAGGCGUUUUCUUCUUUUGGCCAGAUUGUUGAUGCCAAAGUUGUGACAGAUAGGGUCUCAGGAAGAUCAAAGGGGUUUGGUUUCAUAACUUACAGGAGCAUCGAAGAAGCUGAGAAGGCUAGAGAAGGAAUGAACGCCAAGUUCUUGGAUGGAUGGGUUAUUUUUGUGGAUCCCGCCAAACCGAGGGAAAGACCUCCACCUCAAUCACAAUCUGGCCCUUCUGAAACAGGUUUUACAUCGAACAAAACGAUUGGAUGGUGUGGUUGAUGAAUAUGCAUAGUAAAAGAUAACUGUUACAAGGAAAAAGGGGAAAAAACUGACUUCUACUCUGAUUCCGGUUUUAACGUACUAUUAUUUAUGUUGUGAUUGCAUUAACCAAUGAUGAUAAACAAAAUUUUGUAUUGUUGAUAUAAUAUGCCUUGAUCAUCAAUAUCAUUGUCAUACAUUGGUUUAUUGAACUACUGAUAAUUUGUAAUCUGUUUAAAGUACCGUUACUUUAUGCGGCUUCAUUUUAGCCUUUCAGCCUUUGUUCACCCAUACUAUUGUUGGAUCAGUGAAUUUGAAAGAGAAAUAGGAGAUGGAAAUCUAUUAUAUAAUAGUUUAUGUUAUG